AUGCAGCUCGUAAUUCUCGACCAGUUGAGCGCACUGACCCUUAGUCUCGCAUCCUUGGGUGCGCUCGUCGCUCUGUUGUCCAUCUCUGACGGACAGCCGGUAUCGACAUGGGCUGGCCUCUCACCAAGUGCCAUCGUUUCUAUCCUUGCAGGUACCUCAAGGGCCAGCCUCGCGUUCGUUGUAAGCACUUGUCUCUCUCAGGGCAAGUGGAACUGGGCCGGACGGUUUGUUGGUCCGCUGAUUGAUUUUGAUCGGUUCGAUGCGGCAAGCCGAGGUGCUUGGGGAAGCAUACGCCUAUUGAGAAGCAUGAUACGGCAUCCUCACUGGGCCUCAGUCGGCGCUUUCACUGUGAUAGUUCUUCUAGCCUACGAGCCUUUCAUCCAGGCAGUUCUAACACUCAAAGAUGUAUCCGUGGUCCUGGACAACACUAACUAUAACCAAUUAUCGGCAAUUGAAUUAGAUUCAAACCGGCCAUCAGAGGCUGGACCUGUCAUUGGGAGGUCGUCUAUUUUGGAUGCUGGAUACUGGAACGUAAACCCCGGUGCUCCGGCGCGGCAGAUACCCUUCCCCGGCCCAGACGGCAAAGAGAUGUUCUUCAGACCAGACGAUAGGCUCAGCACUCCCGAAGAUAUGGGCCUCACAGGGUCCGUCUGGAACGGCUUUUCCUCUUUUGUCACACCGCGGAACCUCUGGCCCGCCUUUUCGUGCGCAUCGGGCAAUUGUUCGUGGGCCCCAUUCACAUCUCUCGCGAUAUGUUCCAGGUGUAUCAGCCUUUCUAAACACGCCGUGAGAACUUCGGGAAACUACACGUUCCCCGCGGGGUACGGCGUGCCUGGAGGCUGGCAACUUCGGAAGAACGAGACACUCCCAGAGGUCAGUAGCAAGGAUUUAUUUGCGCACCUGAAUGUGAUUCAGAGGGAACCAAUUGCAUGGACAAGGCACGAGAUUCCUGAGCUUGGACUGAGUCUGACAAACUAUGACGGAAAGAGGAAAUGUGGCUCUGGGGAUGUUCGAUGCCCUGACACAUAUCUGUCCGUCACAUUUACGACAAACCCUGGACGUACCAUCAAUUUUUCCAACUCCUCGACCCUGGUUCUGGCUAUUCAGUUCCUACAAGCUGAUAAAAGGUGGAGGGAGAAUGAAACGACGUGGCAAGACACACAAGUUACGACACAAGAAUGCGGUCUCUACUUUUGCGUCAAUGAAUACGAAACGAGCCUUGAGCAAGGAGUUCUUAAGGAACAGGUAGUCAAUUCGUGGACGGAGAAGACUUCCAACUCUCAUAAUCCACCCUCCCCGUCAGAUAUCGAAUACCUCCAGUACCUCAACAACACUCUGGACUUGUUCCCUUACUACGUCAACCUGACGGACCUCCAACUUUUCGUCCCUGACGAACACAACAAGAGCUUGGCCAAGGACACCUUCAACAUAACCCAGCCAAGCAUAGUCCUACUGUUUGACAAUAUCAGAAAGGGAUUAGAGGGGUUCGACGGCCGUGGCUCCACACGGUGGAAUGGCACUACAAGCUUCAUCUACCCUUCCUUCGGGUUGAGCCUGCCGCCUGCAAUGGUGUUUGGUCUGGGAGAAGCGGGGAACGUUUCUGCGAGCGUCAAAAAGGUGGAGUUGAGUUUGACCAAGUGGAUGCGUGACCGAGGACUGGCGUCAUCCCCCGUCUAUGGAGAAGCUACUGUGAUGAUGGUCAUCAAUCGGGUCCGAUGGGAGUUUCUUGUCUUUCCGGCAGUUGUGCACUUGCUGGGGGUUUUAUUUGCUGUUGUGUCAAUCUGGGAGACGAACUCUCUCAAGAGACCGGCGUGGAAGAGUAGCAUGUUGGCGGCUCUUUCGCAUGCUCCUGAUGGAGAGCUGAGGGAAAGAUUGCGAGAGGCCGCUACCCCUGAUGAUAUUCAGGAAGUAGGAAGGAAGGCCAAGGUGAUGAUGGAGUGCCAGGAUGGUAGGAGUCGAUUGGUGUCGAAGGAAGAGAUAGAAUGA